AUGGUGGAGGAGCGGAGCCCCAAGCCCAUCCAUUGCAAAGCGGCGGUAUGCAGAGCCGCCGGCGAGCCGCUCACCAUCGAGGACAUCGUCGUGGAUCCGCCGAAAGCGUACGAGAUCCGCAUCAGGGUCAUCUGCUCCUCACUCUGCCACACAGAUGUCACCUUCUGGAAAGCUAAGGUGGCACCGGUAUUUCCAAGAAUAUUAGGGCACGAGGCGUACGGGGUAGUGGAGAGCGUCGGGGAGAACGUGGAGGGCUUCGCGGCGGGCGACACCGUGGUGCCGACGUUCCUGGGGCAGUGCGACCACUGCGGCAGCUGCACGUCGGAGCACAGCAACGUGUGCGACUCGGUGCCGUUCAUCAUCGGGCCCGGGAUGCGGCGCGACGGCACCACCCGGUUCUGGGACGCUCAGGGGAACCCGCUGCACGACCUUCUCGCCGUGUCCAGCUUCAGCGAGUACACCGUCGUGGACGUCAACCAGGUCGUCAAGCUCGACCCCGCCGUGCCGCCCAAGCUCGCCUGCCUCCUCAGCUGCGGCGCCGGCACCGGGGUAGGAGCAGCGUGGAGGUCGGCCAAGGUGGAGCCGGGCUCGGCUGUUGCUGUCUUUGGCCUUGGAUCUGUCGGUUUGGCGGUGGUCCAAGGCGCGAAAAUGUGUGGAGCGUCCAAGAUUAUCGGUGUUGAUCUCAACCCUGACAAGGAGGAAGUAGGGAGAUCGUUUGGCGUGACAGACUUCGUCAAUCCAUCGCAACUGGGCAACCGUUCCGUCAUAGAGGUGAUCGUUGAGAUGACCGGCGGCGGCGUCGACUACAGCUUCGAGUGCAUCGGCGUGCCGUCGGUGAUGACCGACGCCUUCAGAUGCACCAAGAUGGGAAAGGGCAAGACGAUCAUGCUGGGGCUAGGAAGGGACAGCGAUGAGGUGUGCCUGCCGUCGCUGGAGCUGCUGUUCGGCAGGUGCGUCAUGGGGUCGCUCUUCGGCGGGAUCAAGCCCAAGACCGACAUCCCCAUCCUCGCCAAGAAAUGCAUGGACAAGGAGCUGCAGCUGGACGCGCUGGUCACGCAUGAGCUAGGACUGCAGGAGAUCAACACGGCCUUCGACCUGCUCCUGCAGGGGAAAUGCCUGCGCUGCAUCAUCUGGAUGGACAAGGACAAGUGA